CGCAUAGGUAUCAAAGGACGGUCCUACGCGACUCUGAUAACGAAAGAAGGAAACACGAAUCCUCGAAGCCGGACUUGCUUGGCGAUAUUCAGCGGAUCUACUCUGGAUACCCGCAUUCCAAUGAGUCGAGUCUCGACUGACCGACGAUCUGCAGCCAGGCCAUGGCUGACGCCAAAGAAACAAUCGUCAUCAUAGGCGGCGGCGUCAUUGGAUGCUGUACAGCAUAUUACCUGACCCGACACCCGUCCUACGACCCCACGCGACACUCCAUCACCCUCAUCGAGGCCACGCGCCUCGCCUCGGGCGCCUCAGGCAAGGCCGGCGGCCUCCUCGCCCAGUGGGCCUACCCCGCCAGCCUGGUGCCGCUCAGCUUCGACCUCCACCGCGAGCUGGCCGCCGACCACGAUGGCGCGACCGCCUGGGGAUACCGGCCGAUCCGGUGCGGGAAGCUGACCGCCCACGACCGCAGCCUGCCCAACCCCGCCGACGCACGGGGCGAUGACAAGCCCGCCGGCGGCCUGGCGGCGUGGGCGGUCCGGCAGCUGAAUGCGUGGAACCCGCUAGGGAAGCAGCGCGAGGUGCAGAAGGUCGAGAAAUACCUCGCCCCGGUGGAGAAUCUGCCGGAAGAUCUGGACUGGUUCAGGAAGGAAUGCGUGACCAAGUACGAGGACAUCGCGCCGGCGGCCGCCAGUGAGACGGCGCAGGUGAACCCGUACCAGUUUACAAACGCCAUGGCGCGCCUGGCGGAGGAGCGUGGCGUGAAGAUACUAGUCAACAGCCCCGUGGAGGAGCUGAUAUACGACGACGACGACGACGAUAACGACGACAACUCGAUGGGUAGCGGGGCAACCCCGCACGGAGGAGCCGGUAGGAUACGCAGGGUCAAAGCCGUGUCCUACGUCGACAAGGCAACCGCGCAAGCGGUAACAAUCCCCGCAACGACCAUCAUCCUCGCCGCGGGGCCGUGGACCCCGGUCCUGUUUCCCAUGCUGCCCAUGUCCGCCAUCCGCGCCCACAGCGUGACGAUCCGCCCGCGCCGACCCCUGGCAGCCUACUGCCUCUUCACCGAGCUCACCGUCCCCCACAACCCCGACCCGUCGCCGGACGAGCGCCGCGACCCCGACCCCGCCCGGCAGCAACAACAGCGGCCCCGCCAGACCAACGGCAACCACCACGCCCGCCCGGCAGCCGGCACGCGCCUCAUCUCCCCGGAGGUAUACACGCGGCCCAACAACGAAGUCUACAUCGCCGGCGAGGGCGACAGCCGGGCGCCCCUGCCGGCGACGACGGACGAGGUGGAGGUCGACCGGGCGGCGUGCCAGACGCUGGUCGACGCGCUGUCGUCCAUCUCGGACGAGCUGCGCGACGCCGUCGUCACGGGCCGCCGCGCCUGCUACCUGCCCACCGUCGACCUGCCCAGCGGCGGGCCGCUCGUGGGGCCGUCGUGGGUCGCGGGCCUGCUGCUCGCCACGGGCCACAGCUGCUGGGGGAUCCAUAACGCGCCGGCCACGGGGAAGCUGGUUGCCGAGAUGGUCUUUGAUGGGCGGGCGCUGAGCGCUGAUAUUGAUGCGUUGGAUCCGCAGCUUGCGGUUUAGGGGUUUGGCUUCUGGGUUUAGGGUCGGUCCCCUCGUCUGCUUUGAGAGGGGCCCGAGAGCGGUUGGGUGGGAAAAGCGGGGGGUGGAUAGGGAG